CCGUAACUUCAACAUAAAGAGCUAUUUAUUGUUCCAGUUUCUUCAGUUUUUUUAUGAUGACCGAGUGCACAAUAUAAUUUUCCGGCUUUUUGUUUAAGUUAUUGUUGUCAGAAUAACAGAGUUGUCACUUUUUCGAAAAUGGGCACUGAUACUUUGAGUCCUGUUAGAGAUAAUCAUGCAAAACGUAAAUUAGUGGAUCACUGCUGUCCAGAAUUCGCCUUUAAACCUGUGGCAUUCACUCGAAAAAUCGAUGUUGGGUCUCCACCUAAGGCUGGGGCUUUCAUGCACAGAUUGCUAAAAUGUGAUACUCAGUUUAAAAUCUUUUAUAAUCGAGGUGACUUUCCUAUCGCUUUGGAGCACGAUAGCAAAGGCAACAAAAUUGCAUGGAAAGUGGAAAUCGAAAAGCUGGAUUACCAUCAUUAUUUGCCACUAUUUUUUGAAGGUUUAGCAGAAACCGAACAUCCAUAUGAAUUCUUUGCAAGGCAAGGUGUCCAUGACUUACUUGAACACGGAGGAAACAAAAUCCUUCCUGUCAUACCACAACUUAUCAUCCCAAUAAAGUCUGCUCUAAAUUUACGUCAGCACAAAGUUUGCUGUACUGUCCUCAAAGCCAUUCAACAUCUAGUCGUUUCUGGUGAAAUGAUUGGCGAAGCCCUUGUACCAUACUACAGACAACUGUUACCAGUCAUGAAUACAUUUAUAAAUAAAAACAAGAAUUUGGGCGAUGGUAUUGAUUAUAGCCAACAAAAACGUGAGAAUCUGGGUGAUUUAGUUCACGAAACUUUGGAAAUACUUGAAAUGCAUGGGGGUGAAAAUGCUUUCAUAAAUAUAAAAUAUAUGGUCCCGACUUAUGAAUCGUGCAUGCUUCACUCAAUCAAUCCACAGGGCAUUACAAUGCAGAAUAACGAACAUGAUGAAGAUAUUGUUAUAUGGACAAAAUCACUACAUCAAUCAAUAAAUAGUCUAAAUAUUCAUCAGCUGGAAGAUAUCUUAGUCAAAUUAAAGACAACAAAGGGAUUGGAAUUUACAAAAAAUGUCAUAAAUUAUUUGAUUGACGGAGAAAAUUCAGUUUAUGUUGCCGUAGAAGCUGGAUUCGAUCAAGCGGUUGUACAACUCUUGAAUACAGAUAUGGUGAAUAUUAUCCAAAGAAAUCUUCAGAAUAACUGGACAUGUCUUCAUUUGGCUUGUCAUUUGGGACUGGCGACAACAGUCAAAUCACUUUUAAAUUGUAACACAUCCGAUAAAUUCUUAAGAACAAAUGAACUGUAUCAGUUAAUAUGUAUGCAAACGACUGAAAUUGAAUCAACCAGUCAGGGUACAGCUUUACAUUUGGCGGUUUAUUCCAAAAAUAUAGAAACAGUAAACCAACUAUUACAUGAUGUUGAUCUAAUAAGUAAAUGUUAUGAAAGUCAGUGUAUUAAAAAUAGGAAGCAACCGAAAGAAGAAUUGAAUUCUAAGGGGAAGUUAUUUGACGAAUUCUGUGUACUGACAGAUAAAAAUGGAAAUACGGCACUACAUUGUGCAGUAAUGGAUAAACUUUACGAUAUUGUGAAUACAAUUUGUAAAUAUCAUAAUAAAUCAAUUCGUUUACCAAAUAAACAUGGAUAUACAUGUAUUUAUUUAGCUAAAAAUAUAAUAAAAGAUAUAAAAAUGUUAUCUUUAUUAAUUCAAUAUUCAAAUUCAUCUAUAACUUCAUAUAAUUCUGGACAAUAUUUAUUUAAACAAAAUAAUUUUAUAAAAAAUACAAAAAUUUCAAAUUUGAAUCAAUUAAAUAUAAAAAAAUCAUAUUCUAAUUUAAUUAGAAAAUCAGAAAAUAAUAAUAAUAAAAAGAAGAAAUUGAAAAAAUUUAAAAAUCCAUUGAAUCAUUUAACAAUUGAUCAAUUAAACAAGAAUUUAAAUUUGAAAUAUGAAUUUAUUAGUAAUAAAAAAUAUUAUUCUUAUUCAUAUAAUGAUGAAGAUUAUCAUUCCGUUCGUACAUUAUCUACAAAAUUUUCAUAUAUAUCAAUGAAACAGAAUAAUAAUAAAAAGUAUUAUAAUAGACCUUUUAGUGGAUUAUCUGGUAAUCGUGUAGAUUUAAAUGAACGUGAAUUAAAUAGAAAUUCUCGUUUAAAUAAUGAACAAAAUUAUAUUGAAAAUAUUUAUGAUAAACAAAAUAAAAAUAAUUCAAUGCAAUAUAAUGGUUCAAAUGAACCAUGUAUUGCUACUUGUAAAAAUAAUACUCCUUUCGCUACUACACUACAAGAUAACCCGAUAUUACAGCCUGAAAAUAUUGAUCAACUGGCUCAUCAGCAGAAAAAAGAGUCUGAGGACAAAAAUAUUUGUCAAUUAAUUACUAAUAACAUUAUUAAUAUUACCAAUAAAAUUGAAAUGGAUGCACUUACUACUGCUACAACAACAACAACCACAACAACAACGACUACUACUACUACUAACAAUAAUAAUAAUGAAGAUGAUUCUGACGAUUAUUACAAGAUGAACAGUACAAGAAAAGGUAUUUGUUUAAUCAUUAACAACAUGAUGUUUUGGCACUCGGAUUUUCAGAAUCGUUCUGGCUGUGACAUUGAUGAGAAGAGUUUGGAAAAUGUUUUUGGAUCAUUUAACUUUUUGGUGAAAUUACUUCGUAAUCUAUCAGCUGGUGAAAUACAAGCUCAACUGGAACACUUAGGAAAGAAAACAGAUCAUCAUGAAUAUGAUUGUUUAGUAAUAUGCCUUAUGUCACAUGGAACUAUUGGUCGGAUAUAUGGAGUUGAUGGAAAUUCUUUAUCAAUACAUGAAUUAACUUCCAUAUUUACAGCUGAUAACUGCCCUUCUCUAGCUGGUAAACCAAAAUUAUUCUUUAUUCAAGCAUGUCGUGGUGAAGACUAUCAAAAAGGUUAUGUUAUACAGAAACAAUCAAAUGAAACUACUCAAACUAAAAAUGAUCUAACUGAUCAAGAGGAUGUUGAUAAUUUUAUUCAACAUCAGUCAUCCAGGUUAAAUCUAAGACUAUCCGUUUCUGAUGCGAAAUUUAUCGGUUUCAAAUUAGACAAUUUACUCCAUAAUUCUAUACCACUUCAUCAAUUGAACAAUGUACAGUUAAUUCCCACUUAUGCUGACUUUCUACUAAGUUAUGCAACUGUUGCUGGUUUCCGUGCACAAAGAGAUCCAACCGGUGGUACUGUUUAUAUUCAGGCAUUAUGUAAACGAUUAUAUAAAGGAUUACAAAAUGAAAGUAUUCUUGAUAUAGUUACAGCUGUACAUCGUGAAGUUAGUAAACAGUUAUAUCAAGAGACAUCUUGUCAGCUAAUGAAAACAAAUGGUGAAUUAUUUCUUCAAAUUCCAGAAGUUAGACAUACACUAACAAAGAAAGUUUGUUUUAAACGAUAA